AUGACCCCAUCAAAUCUCAAACACAUCUCGCGUUCGCUUUCCAAAAGCUCGUCAUCGAUCUCGAGAGCGAUAUCUGCAUCUACAUCUACAUCUACAUCUGUAUGCUCCCCUCCACACUCGCGGAGACAAUUCGCCAGCACCGCUGCGAAGAAAGAUCAGAAUCGGAUAUAUUCUCCCGUGCGCUACCCCCCCGAUCUAGCUACAUACAUCAGUCUCAGCACAUCGAGCUCCAAACCGCUGCUAACGCUAUGGACCACCAGCUACUGCAGCACCUGCAAAACCAUCUCUCCUCUACUACACCAAAUUCUGGAAGCGGGAGUGGGCGAGAAAGAAGGCGGAGUGCUGUUUGCGGAGGUGGAAUUUGAUGCGCCGGAUAUUAUGAAUGAGGGGCUGGGAAUGCGCUAUAUGGUGCGCAGUGUACCGAGUCUGGUGGGGUUUUGGAGGGGGGAGGUGAUGGGCGGAGGGGCGGAGGGGGUGGGUGGGGAAGGGGGGAGGUUGGGGAGUAGAGAGAUUCAGGAAUUGGGCAGAGAGGGGUUGGAGGAGUGGGUUAGGGGGGCGGCUAGGAGAGGGGAGGAGUGGAGAGAGGGUCAUCCCGGGGGAGAGGGUCUUUUUGGGGGUUUGUGGAAGGGAUGGGGGAAAUGA